AGGCCGCGGCGGGGAAGAUGGCGGACGGGAAGGCGGGAGAGGAGAGCCCCGGAAAGCCGCAGCGAGCCGGCGCCGCCGGAGUUAAUUCAUGGGAGCCUCUUCUACUGCCACACAAUCUCAGUUCCUGCUAUACUCUAACAGUGGAAGAGACUGUUGGGUCAGUAGGUGACAACUGCAGAGGUAUCUUCCUUAUAAAGAUGCUUUUUGAGGUUGCUGCUCCCAUCAAUCUGCUCAGUAAAAAUAGCUCAUCUUGUAAUGGAGGGGAAAGCUCCCGUCGCAGCGCUGAGAAGCGGUCAGCUGAAGAAGCUGCGGACAUCCCCACAAAGCCCGCAAAGGCCUCCAAGUUUGGAUUUGCCAUGGGUAGUCAGACGGCCAAGAGAGCCUCCGCCAUCUCCAUCAGACUCGGGUCAAGCAAGCCUAAGGAAACUGUUCCAACUCUUGCUCCAAAAACACUUUCAGUAGCAGCAGCUUUUAAUGAAGAUGAAGAUAGUGAACCAGAGGAAAUGCCCCCAGAAGCAAAAAUGAGGAUGAAGAAUAUUGGAAGGGAUACACCAACCUCAGCCGGACCAAACUCCUUCAAUAAGGGGAAGCAUGGGUUUUCUGACAACCAGAAGCUGUGGGAACGAAAUAUAAAGUCUCAUCUCGGAAAUGUCCACGACCAAGACAAUUAAAUUACGCUUUUGAAACUGGGUGUUGGGAUGUAAAGUUAGAAAGAACAGCUUCCUUUUUUAAAAGAAUGGUAUAAGACUUAUCUUUGGAGCCACCUUUUUUUCUUUUUCAUUUUUUUAAAAGAUUGAGUGAUACACUAAUAAAUGAGAGUUUGAAAUUAGAGGUAAUUUAUGUUUUAUAUACAGAUUUCAAGACAUUUGCUAAUUUUGUAGUUUCAUGUGAUUAGUUUCCAAAAGUUACAGAUAAUAAAGAAAUCAGAAAUGGUACCUUUUUAAGAAUUGCAUAUUUUUUUAGACACAGCUAUUAGCACAUUAAGAGGGAAGUGAAAAGUUAUCUAUUUACAGCUUCAAGCAGUUACUUGCCUAACUUCAUUCCCUCGUUUCCUAAACUGUCUGGCUCCCAGGAACAGCCUUAUAGAGAGAGGGAGUAUUGUAUUGAGAAGAAAAUGUUACUGGACUAUUGACUGAAAGUAAAUUUAGAGAAAAUGAGACCUUUUUUUUUCUUAUGGGCAUUUUGUUUUGUUUCACGUCGUCAUAUACUAGGUAUUGCAUUGCUAUCAGUGGAUAAAGAUGCUUAGCUCUUUAAAAAAAGAAAAACCAAUUAAAAAAAGAAGUUUAUGUGAAGUAUUGAGUAUUUGAAACAGCCCACUUCACUCUGAUGGACUUCGUCUGCCUCCAGUUGUCAUCAAGCACGCCGCUUGCUACCACGGUAACUCAGUAUCUGGAAUGUGCUUCUCUUGGUUUUGUUCCUACUUCUGUGCGAGCAUUUCCACCAAAACUUGAGGCAGAUCGUAUGGAAGCUGCUCUUUUAAAAUACAAACCACCACCAAAAAUGUAAAUGUACAUACUGCUUUAUUGUUUGGCUGGUUUUCAAUUUUUUUAAAGAUUUAGAUACAAGAAAAAAGACAUAACAUUGUAUGAAGACAGGAAAUUGAGAAGAUGUACUUUCUGUGACUGGCUUCUAAGUUGUUGAAUUGAACUCACUACAAAAUUUCCUGUAAUUCUAAGUAUGUAUGUACUGACCAGUGGCCUGAAAAGCACAUUUUAUGUACUGAAAUAGAAGGAAAGAAAAUACAUCUUCAAACACAUUUUAUGGAAUCUUUCACCACAUAUACUCUGCAAGAUUUGUGUACUGUAGGAUAUUUGUUUUGUAUUUUUGUAUUGUAUAUGGACUUUUUUUUCUAAUGUGUCAAUUAAAUGCUUCUUUAAGUGCAUAGUCACAGAUGAAAUAGUAUGAUUCCCUUAAGAACUACAAGCUAAAUUUGGAGGCAGCUUCUGAGAGUUUUAUUGGUGGUGACUAUUCGCUAGGCUCUUUUACUAGGUAACAAUUCCUGAAAAGCAGCUUGCGGAUGUUCUUAACAGUCUGUUCACUUAAAUUUAAGUUUAGAAUAAGCCCCAAGUGAAACAAUGGAAAUGUACAUAGCACUAUUAGUUCUUACAUGAUUUAAUUAUAUCAAGAUACAUAAAUUUAACUUUUCUGUAGACAAACUCUUCAUUUUGUCCAUUUACUAUUUGUAACAUCUCUCUCCUACAUAUUCCUUACUUGACCCAAAUAAAAUGUUAACCUAAGGCCAAGUUAAGGAGAGAGAAAUAACUGAAAUGAAUGUCUUUACUAAAAUACCAAUAAAUUUUGUCAAAACUCAA